AAUGUUUUUGAUUUGUAAUCUGACACAUGCCAAAAAAAAUAAGGCGACUACUAGCGAGCUGUAUUAAAUUUUCAUGCAUCGUGAGGACAAUUAAACGUGCAAAAGCUCUGUGAUCCGCGACCCCUGCUGUGGAUUGGAUUCAAAAUGGCGUCAAGCGCGUUGCUUGCUAGAAUGCGUCAUUUAUAGAAGCGGUGCAUGUGUAUUUCUACAAUGGUUUAAAAAUAGAGGACUUGCAUAAGGCAGUUGCAUGGAUUACAAUGAAAAAUGUCGAAUACAGUGAUAACGAACUAUACGGACCUAAAUGGGCCUUCCACGAAGGCCGAUAGUUCUGUUGUUGUUAUUGUAAACAAGGAUGGAUCGCUUUCUGUGGAUCAAAACUUACUUGGAACUUUGAUGGGAACGGAUGGAUCACAAGCUGCUGGAAUAAGUGUAGUUCGAGUCGGACAUGAAGGCAAACCUGAUGAUGCCACUGACUCUGAGGGAGAGGAUGACAAAAUACCACAUGUAACACUUUCAGUUGACAGUUAUUAUGACGAGCCUAAUAGCAUCAUAAAGUAUGAUAGUGGAGCUGAAAUGUUGCAAUCAUUGAGAAUUGAAACAAGAGAAAAUAGUCUGAUUGGGUUUCAAAAUGAUCAUUGUUACACACCUCUUACAUCUCCAAGUCAGUCUCUUCCACAGAGAACUGACAGCUUUGCUGGCUAUGAUGAUCCCGUUAUUGAGAUCACACACACUCCGCCUCCAAAACCAGUCCCAAGUGCAAAGAAAAUCACAAUAUUGGAACAGCAAAUCAUACCCAAAGGCAGAAAAAUUGCUAUAAAUCCCCAGGAAGGUAUUAUCUUGAAGGGAAAUGAUGUAUUAACAAAACCAUUGCCAGUCUUGACUAAAUCUAAAUAUGCCAUUGAACCAGAAAAGACUACAGCAAGUCAACCAAAAAGUGAGGAAGAAAAUGAGUCAUCAUCUGCAAGCUCUUCUGCUGAUGCAAUUUCUGACAGAGACUCUGAUUCAGACUAUAAAGAUACAAAAGAUAGGUCAGGACCUCCCAAGUUACGUAAAACAAAAUUAAAACCUCGAAUUCUAAAGAGCGCCCAAGCCGCUAAAGCCAAAGUUAGCCCUAAAGUGGCUGCCAGAUUGAAGUCUAACAAAAGUCUUAUCAAACGAGAAGUUAAAGAAAAAAUCAUUAGUAAAAAUGUACCAGAAAAGAAGCAAAUUUCUUCAGAUAAUGUAUUACACAAAGAGAGUCCUGUUGUUAUACCAGAAGUCAACCUUAGUGGCCAUGAACUCAGCAGAGUUGUAAUAAAACCAUCAUUGAAACCAGUCAAAAAGGAAAAGAAAACACCUGCUCACGUCUCUGCCUUGCUAACUGACAUGACAUCGUUGUUCUCCACACCUGACGUGAUUAGAAGGGUUUCCACUGAAAAUAAACCACCUACAAAAGGUGAGAAGGAACAAAUUGUCGGUGUCAAGAAACCAGACCUUGCUAAACCACAGGAGGCAGAAGAAAAGCCAUCAGAUGUGGUCAAACCUCUCGGAGCCAUAGAUAGAGCCAAAAAUGUUGUUCCACAGAAAACAUAUUCUAAACAGAAAGAUAAGGUAAUCAAUCCUUCCGAUAAAGUAGCAAAAAGCUAUGAUCUCAUUCCUCAAAUUGAUGACGCCAGUCUAGCACAGAUAUUCCAAGACACUCCAGUUACAACUUUAAACAAAACUCAGCCAAAUAUUUCAACAAUUCACACUAUGAACAGCCCAAGUCUAGCUGGCCCACUAUCUCCCACUCUAGACCUACUGGGGGCCCUGCCGUCCGAGGAGGAAGGUUUGAGCGAGGACUUCCUGAUGCACGUGGCGCAGCUGGUGGAGAGUUCGGAGAACCUACAAGAGGUACUGGACAAACAGGUUCUCGGCAAAGUGGACACGGUACCGACCACCACCGUAGCGACGGCGCCUGCCGUCCAACCUCCGACGCCCCAGCCGCCGGCAUCGAGGAGUCUUCUAUACCAGCAAACACCAACGAAAGUGGUAAAAACCCUGCCGCCGCAAAAGAAUCCGAUCGAGAUAGUGAGACGCGACGGUCGCGUUAUCACAUUGCCGCCGAUAGAGGCACCCGCCACGAGGUCAUCGAAACGGAAGAGUCAAAUGACGAGCCAGGAGGCGCCCCCCUCGGCCGAGACGGCCGCCCCGCCGCCGCCAGUGGCGCCGCCGCCGCUAGUGGCGCCGCCGCCGCCGGCAGCGCCGCCGCCGCCCGUAGCGCCGCCCGCCGCCCCCGAGCCGCCGCCGGCGCCGCCCUCCAAGGCCUACGUCAACAAGAAGCUGCCGCCCAAGAAGCCGGAGGCGGCCGCGCCGCCGCCCGUUGUUGCUGAUAAAAUAUUUACAGAAUCUCAAGAGAGCUGGAACUCUGAAGAUGAUCCUUAUAGAUUGUGGUGUAUAUGUAAACAGCCCCACAACAAUCGCUUCAUGAUAUGUUGCGACAGCUGCGAGGACUGGUUCCACGGCAAAUGUGUUAACAUUACCAAAGCGAUGGGCCAGCAGAUGGAAGAGGACGGCAUCGAAUGGCGAUGUCCUAACUGUGUGAAAAAGACGAAACCUACUCCUAAAACUAUCACAAAUAAAAUGACAAUUCAAAAGAAGCUAGAAGUUGAUACUGAUCAAUCACCACCUCUCCUGGUGUCGCCAUCUGCGAGCAAAGCCGUAUCGUCAAAGACAAGUUGCAUUGUUUGCAAGAAGCCUGCCCGCGCCAGUAGUAUUUACUGCAGCGACGCGUGUAUUCUGAAACAUGCGCAGGACUCAUUGGGAAAUCAAACACCGGGAAAACCAGAUCAUGAUAAAACAAAAUCAGAUUCCAGAGUAAUUGUAUAUGAAAGAAAGUCUGGCAGGGUACUCGCUGGGCCAAAUGCUCCCACACCUGAGAACUUGAAGGUUUGGCUACAAAAGAAUCCUACUUUUGAAGUCGUUCGGCCUGGAACUCUCAGUGCUAUCAAACCGAAUGUAAUGAAAAAGAAAGCAGCAGCACCAGCAACAAAGGAACCAAACAAAAUUCAAACAACACUUAAUUUUGAACGAAUUCCGAAAAAAAUAGGGUUGCAAACUCCUAAAGAACUCAAAGAGAUUCCUCCUAAACUAAUGUAUUCAAGAGAUGAGCCGAAACCUCUGAUGUCACCGAAAACUCCUGUGACGCCGAAAGCACAGCCACAGCAGCCGCAAUUCCCUGACACUCCAAGAGCCAGUACUUCAGGCCUAAGAACUGUGGCUGAACCCAGAAAACUCGUUCGCACCGCUAACCGACCAGCAAGCGAAAAAGCAACUAAGGCACCAUCAGUCUCGCCGGCUGCGGUGCGCAAAAAGGACACGCCGCCCGACACUAAGAACAAGAUGAAGUCCGCGGAGCCCAUCCGGGACAACGUGAGGAAAGCCUUGCAAGAACAGAUGGCCGCUCGCAUGGCGGAGAACACCGGGCCCAAGUUUAGUGAAGACGAAAUAAAGCAGUUCGCUCACGACACUGAGUUGGAACUGCACGAGCUGUUCCGCGACGUCGGCAUGAAGUAUAAGGCGAAGUACAGGUCGCUCAUGUUCAACAUCAAAGAUCGGAAAAAUCUUUCGCUGUGGCAGAAAAUCUGUGAUAAAACUAUAACGCCUAAACAAUUGGUACGAUUGUCGCCAGAGGAAUUAGCUAGUCAGGAGUUAGCACAAUGGAGAGACAAGGAAGCUAAAUAUCAGUUGGAGCUAAUAAAGAAAUCUGAACUGGAUCUAUUGGCUGCCAGUAAAACAUAUGUUCUUAAGACACAUAAGGGUGAAGAGGUAAUGGAGACAAAAGAAUCGGUGUCCACCGAGUUAGACCCGAAUGUGCCCGUAGAAGAUUUGGUCUCCGCUCUGAAUGACUCUACAGCUACUGAAGAACCGUCAAAAGACAACUCUUCUGAAACCAUCGAAAGUCCCAUGAAACCCGAUUCUAAAAAGCACAGUAGUAAGAAAAGCGCUAAAGAUUCAUCCCAUUCCAAAAAAAGUAGACGAGAAUCAAAACGAGACUCCGAAAGCAGAAAAUCACGCUCUUCAAGAAGAAAGUCGGACGGGAAAGAUAAAGACGAAAGACAUACACGAAGAUCGGAAAAGAGGACGAGAGCCGCAUCUAAAGAUAGGUCUAGGAGAGACUCCUCGAAAGAGAAAGAUACCGAGCGCAGUAGGCGAAGAUCGCGGUCGAGAACCAAAUCGAAAAAGCGGUCGAAGACCCGAGAACAUUCCAGGUCGCCGAGUCGGGAAGGCUCGCGCUCGCGCCGCGCCGAGCCCACGCAGCCGCGCCGCGACCGCUCCCGGCGCCGCGCCUCCGCCGACAAGCCCAAGCAUCGCUCCAGGUCUCAACAGCUGGCUUACACUAACACCAAAAAUGAAUCUACAGAUUCCGAUUCAUUGGAGAGGCCCAAAUCUGCGAUGCUGAAGGAAGCGCAUCCCGAAUAUGAUCCACACGAACCCAUGAUCACUUCCGCGUUCUCCGAAGAAGACCUCAGAAAGUCGCGGGACGAUGUGUAUGAAGAUAGCUAUAACAAAAAUGAGAUAGGAGAUUACGGCAAUACGGAAUACGAUCCGACGAAAACUUUCGCGGUGGAUACAAAUAUAUUGCCCGGUACUACUUUCGCCUCACCAAAACCUAGUUCUGAAAAACUUGAGAAAGUUGCAGAGGCGGAGAGCGACCAGGAGCCCAGCAGCACGGUGGAGCACUCGUCGGCGCCGGUGUGGAACGGCUGCAUCAACAUGGUGGACGUGGCGCGCUUCUACGUCGCCGCACACGAGGUAUCCGGGACUGCCGCGGAUAUAGAAGAAGAUCUCAGCACGGAAUUGGAUAUCGUGGGCAGGAUAAACCCCGACACGGUGUGGGACUACAUCAGCAAGAUGAAGAGAGCUAGCAAUAAAGACAUAAUCAUAUUAAAGUUGCAGGCGGCCAACGACGAAGAAAAAAUGCAGUACAUAGCUCUAUACAGCUAUCUCAGUAGUAGGAAUAGGCUGGGCGUGGUGCGCGUGCUGAACACGACGCUGGUGAAGGACUUCUACAUCGUGCCGCUGCCGGCGCACACGGCGCUGCCGGGCGUGCUGCAGCCGCUGGACGGGCCGGGGCUGGGCGAGGCGCGCACGCACCUGCUGGUGGCCAUCGUCAUCCGCCAGCGCAAGCGGGCCGCGCCGCCCGCCGCGCUCGGCCGCGCGCAGCCGCCGCCCGCCAAGGCUAGGCGCUCGUCGCGCAAGCGGUCGCACACGCCGCCGGGCGCGUCGUACACGCCGCCCGCGUCGCCGCGCCGCCGCGCGCUGCCGCUGCCCGCCGCCUACACCUCGCCCAAGCUCUCCACCUCCGUCAAGGACAAGAUCGCCGCCACACUCGCGUCCGCGGACGACGACGAGGCGUACAGCCCCGGCUCUUCCACCAGCAGCGGCAGCGCGCCCUCGUCGCUGCGCUGCAAGAUGGAGGAGCUCAACCGCCAAAUCGAGGAGCAGAAGCAGCAGAUACGGAAGAUGACGCAGGCGGACUCCUCCGCCGCCGGCGAGGACGAGGCGUACUCGCCGUCGCGGCCGAUGACGCCGCCGGGCGCGGGCGUGGUGCCGCUGGCCGACAUCGCGCUGCCGUCCAACCUGCAGGAGAUCCUCGCCACCAUCAAGCAGCGCUCCGAGCCCGCCGCCGCCGCCGCCGACGUGGACAUGCGACUGCCCCAGCAGCUGCCUUAGCCACCGGACCCGAUAAAACUUACCGGACCCCUGAUUUAAACAUACACUUCACGUCAAAAGGCUCCAGCCUGACGUGAAGUGUAUGGCUGGCGCGUCAAAGAGACCGGUCGGGUUCGAACGUAGACUUUUUAAUGUGACUAAUCAAAUCGGUAUGUCGACUGUCGAGUCGGACUCUCCCGAGUUCAGUUUGCGACCCUUUGCACGAUGGUGAAUUCUAAAAUUAAUUGUCGGGUAGUCCGUGACUCCCGUUUAUAAUCGACAGUGUGAUCUUUUUGUGAAAGGGCAUUGCGAUUUUGAGUCAAUCUAGACCUAGACUAUAAUCAGACUACAUGUAUUGCCCGGUCAAAGGCAAAAAAAACUAUGUAUCUGCUAAAAAUUUGUUGAACGGAAUAGUUGGUCAUACCAAAAGUUAGACCAACAAUUUAGAACAGCAACUAUAAUGAAAUAGUUGGUUCUGCCUUUAACCCGACGAUAAUAUUGUUUUUAAGAAUCCACGGAGAAUCAUUUGGAACUGAUGUGUAUUUUUUUUACGAAAGUGUUAGUGUAUAUUUUAUUUAGGUCAAUGUUGCGCGGUGAAUCAGUGUUAUUUUACUUAUUUCGUGAUUGAAAUUGUUGAUUCGCGGUGAAGAAAUGUACUCUGUUUUAAUGAACUUUAAGAGAUAAUGGUAUGAUCUAUAGUUAAUUAUAAUGAACAUGUUAAAACAUUGUCUUCUGCCAUCGGUAUAGUUAUAAAGCUGCUUGUUUUACAUUAGGAUGUAGUACAAGAUUAUUUAUAAAUAAAUAGUGGUGUAUAAUUGCAGAGCAUAAUUUACUUAUUCUUUACUUCUAGAGAGGAAUGUAUAAAUGAUUAUGGUUUUAUCCGCCUGCGUCGCGACGAGAGUCCAUCUACUGUGUAGUGGUUAUGUUGAGAGUAUGUUAUGUGUAUAUUUCUACUUUUGUAGACUAAUUUAGACUUAGGUACUUUUUUUAUUACUUCAAUGGACUAGUUGUUAAUUUAAAUGUAAAACGAAAAUGCAUGCAUGCUUAGCAUGCAAUCUUUUUGAGAAUCUAUGUGUGCAAUAGAUUGUAUAAGAAUGGUCAAUGUUUGAAUUGAUUCAAUAAUAUUAAGUGUCUAUCACAAUCUACACUUCAGUGAUCAACAUCAGACUGUAAAUAGUUUAAAGUAACUUACUAUAGUUCUGAAAUCUUUUAAUGCUGUGUACAAAAUUAAACAUAUAUGGUACAUUAGACUCGAAA